CCCCGCGUUUGCAAGUUGGCGCUUUUCCAAGACGCGAAGCGCCAAAGUGAGACGCGCUCCAGAAAGAAAGGCUGAUCCGCGUGCCUUCCAUCCAAUACCAAGCCCAAAUGGAGCAGCCCCAGACAUUUUGAACCUGGAUUUUCAGACACGACUUUGCCCUGAGUGGCUUCGCUCUGUAUAUGCCUGGUCUUACCAGUCAUCUCCUCCAUCGAGCACUCCCAACCCUCGAGAGGAAUCCCGUAUUGUCCACACGUUGUGUCCCGAAGUUUAGGGCCUAUGUGCACUCGGCUCGGCUGACCCCUCAACAACCUCGCCCUCCGCAAGCCACGCCUGUAUCAACAGCAACAAAGUCGACGCCGACGACAACCGCCACAAUGGGAAUGUUUGAGAGGGCCACCGCCGCCGCUGCGAACCAGCAGUCGCAGAACUCGUCUCGUAAUGCUAGUCUCAAGAAGCAGCUAUUCCCCUCGAGUAGUCCGAAUCCAGUCUCGACGUCGAUUGCUAAGGUCGAUGAGAUGUUCCUCAGAGCCAGCCAGCAACCACCACCAGCACACCGUCCAUCCCAGUUCUCGAGUACCACGGACCCUUUGAACAGCCAAUCGUCCAACAUCUCCCGCCCUCCUGUCACCAACCCCAAAUCCAAUACUCUCUCAUCCAUCUGUUCAACAAACGGGUCUUUUGCGGACAAGGUAGAAGUGAUCCACAUUGCGGAUGACACCCCGCCACCACAGAACUUCACAAAUGAGUGGGACUUGGACGAGGACGACUUUAGCGAUGAGAUCGACUUGGAUUGGGAAGCCCCCUCUGCUCUGCCAGAGAUCCCCCGUGCUCCACCGAAGAGUAACCCCCAGAAAUCCGACCUGCCCAUCCCGACGAGCGAGGCCACAUUGACGUCCUGGCCCGACUCUUCUCCUUCACAUUUUGCUCCCCCUCGAGCUCGAGCCCAGCCAGCCCCGCAAGCCCCGGCACCGAAACGAGAGUACCCAUACCACGCCCAGCAGGCCCCCGAGGUUGUCAAAAAGCCCAAGAGAGAGCUUCCGCCGGCGUGGAAGAAGGAGCAGGCCAUCACCAUUGAAGAUAGGGAAGCCCAUGAUCACCGCGGCAUCAGCGAGGCGACCCCUGACGCAAAGCCCAAGGCCACUUCCUUUUGGGAUGCAACCGCCAGUGCUGUAAAGGCUCAGAAGAAACAGCUCAAGACGCAGCAGAAGGGAUCUGGCGGUGGCAAGCCGGUCACUGACGACGUAUCCUGGAGUGAUGUGCACGAUGCUGUGGAUCAACAUGUGAAAGCAAGCAAGUCUUCCAACGCAAAGGCUGCCGCUAUCCAGCUGAGCCAAGAGCAGCGUCAUGUUAAGAAUCUUGUUGUGGAAAAAGGUCAGAGUGUGUUCUUCACUGGUCCGGCCGGUACAGGAAAGUCGGUCUUGAUGCGAUCCAUCAUCACCGACCUCAGAAAGAAGUACGCCCGCGACCCAGAAAAGCUUGCUGUGACGGCGUCUACCGGCCUGGCUGCUUGCAAUAUUGGCGGUAUCACGCUCCACAGUUUCUCGGGUAUCGGUUUGGGCAAAGAGGACGUCAACACCUUGGUCAAGAAGAUCAGGCGGAAUCCCAAGGCCAAGAAUCGAUGGAUCAAGACAAAGACGCUUAUCAUUGACGAGAUUUCGAUGGUGGACAGUGACCUUUUCGACAAGCUUUCUCAGAUUGGUAGGAUUCUACGCAACAAUGGGCGUCCAUGGGGUGGUAUCCAACUGGUCAUUACGGGCGAUUUCUUCCAAUUGCCUCCGGUGCCUGAAGGUGGCCGGGAGCACAGGUUUGCUUUUGAUGCUGCUACUUGGAGUCUGUCAAUCGACCAUACCAUUGGUUUGACCGAAGUGUUCCGACAAAGGGAUCCUGGAUUUGCCGAAAUGCUCAACGAAAUGCGGUUGGGGAAAAUCAGCGACAAGACAGUGAAAAACUUCCAGGCCCUGAAGCGACCUCUUACCUUCAGUGAUGGCAUCCAGGUUACCGAACUGUUCCCCACCAGAAGCGAGGUAGAGCGGUCCAAUAAAGCCCGCCUGGACUCUCUAAAAGGGUCGCCUCACACUUUCCAAGCUGCCGACCAGAGUACACUUCCCGAAAACGUUCGGGAAAAGCUCUUUUCCAACAUGAUGGCACCUCCUACGCUCGAUCUGAAGAAGGGGGCUCAAGUCAUGUUAAUCAAGAACAUGGACGAGACUCUAGUCAACGGAUCUCUUGGGACCGUGGAAGGAUUUGCCACCGAAGAUCAGUUUGGUAUCGACAAUGGUCUUGAAGAUGAGUCUGACACCAAGAAGCGAGUGCGCGCUUUUACCAAUGCGCUUGAGAACAACAAGAACGCUGUCAAGUACCCUGUGGUCAGGUUCCACGCUGUGGACGGGUCACAGCGCGUUCUUCUCUGCGUCCCUGAAGAAUGGAAGGUGGAGCUUCCCAAUGGAGAGGUGCAGGCAUCCCGGAAGCAGCUUCCCCUGAUUUUGGCAUGGGCCCUUUCGAUUCACAAAGCUCAGGGUCAGACCAUGGAGCGUGUCAAGGUUGACCUGAACAAGAUUUUCGAGAAGGGGCAGGCGUAUGUCGCGCUCAGUCGUGCCACCACGCAGGAGGGCCUGCAGGUGCUCAACUUUAACAAGACCAAGGUGAUGGCACAUCCGCGUGUUAUCAAUUUUUAUAAUAGUUUGUAUGGAGCGGACGUGGCGGUGAAGAAAAAGACGGGGACGUUGGACGACUUUGCCUAUCAGAAGCCGGCGGUUGCUGCUCCAGCAAAACCUGCGGCUGCUCCGGCGGCUACUACACAGCGGCGGGCACCUGUGUAUGAUGAUUUUGAUGCGGAUGAGGAAGAGGCCAUGGCCUCUUUUGGGUGAUUUAUGCAAGAUGGUUGGCCUGUCAGGGUAGGGUUGGAGUACGAAGAUUGGCAUGGCAUGGCGUUUUCUUUUUGGUAGAGGUUUGGAAGCAUUGUGAUAAAUAGGUUGUCUGGGCAUGUAUUCAUUUUGAGUAGUAUUUUUCCAUUGGGGGGGUUAGGACAUCACAGCUCGACGGCUUUUGAGGGGGGUAACAUUAGGAAGGAGGGAUGGAUGAUGAUGGAACGGAGACAACUUGGGAGAUGCCUGGGGGAAUAAGAAGCUCCUAUGGGUAUGAAAGGGAGAUUUGUAUGUCUGAAGUAUCAAUGAUGAGAAGGGCA